AUGCCCGUGACCGAGAUUUACAUCCUCCGACACGGCCACCGGCUGGCCUGGUCCCUGAACCCAAGGACGGGAGAGUAUUCUUCCAACCACCCAUUCCCCACGCAUCUCCCAGCAGAUCCGCCCCUGGCAUCGCACGGCGUGCGUCAGGCGCAAGAGACGGCCGCAUACCUCAGCGAAGCGUUCGCCGAAGUGGUCAAGCAAGACCGGUUGAGGGUGUACUCCAGCCUGUUUUACCGGUGUCUCGAAACCCUGCGUCCGGCCGUGGAGGCCCUCCUCGCGCAGGUGCCGGAGAGCGACGUCAAAAGGAGGAGACACCUACAAGUCCGCGGCGAGAGGGGGUUGGGCGAAUGGUUCGGCCGGGCCUGGUUCAGACAGCCGCGACCUGCGGACCCGGAGAGGCUCAAGAACGACUUCUUCCCCUGGCUGGACGAGUCGUACGCCUCGCGUGUCGUGCCUUCGGAAAACGGCGAGCGCAUCCACGAGCUGCACGACCGCGUGGCGCGCGCGCUGGCUCGCGUCGUGCAGGAUGUGGACGAGGAGUAUGCGCAAGCUGGGCGAGGGGACGAAGAAGUCACGGUCUUGAUAUGCGGACACGCCGCCCAGAUCAUCGCCAGUGGGAGGGCCUUGACUGGGGAGGUCCCCGAGGACUGGGACGAGGAGGACUUUCGGUGUUUUACGUGCGGACUCAGCAAGUUUGUGCGGCGGAAACUGCCUCCUCUGGCUGCCCGUUCAUCUGGGGCCCAGCAAGAGAUCGACGCUGACUACAGCUACCACGAUGAAGACUGGAGGACUACCGGUACCGGCGUGGCUGGGGGAUGGGAUUGCAUCUGGAACAGCGAUUGCCGCCACUUGAGUCAGGGCGAGGAGAGGGGCUGGCAUUUCCACGGCGACGAGAGUUUUGAUUCUUACGAGGAGCUAGAGGGAAGAGGCAUCAGAGUGCUGGACGGUGGUAUCCAUCAGUCCAAGUUAUAG